GCCGACAAUUUGCAUAUUUCGUAGAAAACCUACGUGUUAAUUUGCUUGCGCUAGUACGUUACGUGAAGUAUAAUUACUUUAGUUGGUUGGAAUUGUAUGAGAGUCUGACCAUAUUGUAUCCAGGAUCUGCCAGAGAAUAAACUGUAAAGUACGAAUAUCUUUUGGUUUCUAAAGACCACCAGUCAUGUGAACUGAGAAAUGUUUGGCUUUGGUAGUAAGAAGUCAGAACCUGAACCUGCAUAUUCUGUAGAGCUUGAUUCUGGAGCUCAUGAUGUCAUGCCUAGCAGUCCUAUAAGCUUCACUGAAUCUUCAUCUGCAUCUGAGGAUGCAGAACUCCAGAGACAUCUUAUGCGAGAACAACAAAGGGCACAAUUCCAAGAACAAAUAAAUAAGUUCAAUGAUAUUUGCUGGGAGACAUGCAUUGACAAACCCAGUAGCAGAUUGGAUAGCAAGACUGAAACAUGUAUAGUUAACUGUGUAAACAGAUUUAUUGAUUUGAAUUUGUUAUGUGCACAACGAUUUGCCCAAAUGCUCCAGCAGCAAGGAGGUUUCUAAACCAUUGUACAAGUUACAAAAGAAUAAAAUUACUGGUAGUUUA